CGCGGCGGCUUUUGUCAGUGCGCGGGGUUCGCCGACGUUGUUCGGUUGUGUGUCAAAUCAAACCUCACGGUCUUCCGCAGCCUCCGAUAUAGAGAGCGAGUGCGGAGCCGUCGAUUGGGUCUGCGUACGGACUGGAUUCUAGGGCUCGGCUCGGUUCAUUCACACGAGGGCCGGCGCGACGGAGAGACGGCCGCGUAUGUGCGCGCUGUCAUGACUGACACACUUCUGUCCGCACCAGCCGCUACGCAUCCGAAGAGCGAUAACCGAGCGAACAGCGUGCCAAGUUUCGUUUUCAUCUUCGCAACGGCUGCGUGAGUUAUCGCACGUGUUCGCCGGUAAUGCAAACGCGCCCCGCCAACGAACAACACUAAAGUUCCAAAAUCAAAUUUGACGUUCUCUGUCUGUAUGACAGCUGACGCGCGAAUGUAAAUAAAUAGUUGAGCACGUAAACAUUUUGUGAAAAAUUGAAAAGUUGAGUGUUCAAAAGAAAGUGUAGAUAAAACAGUGGAAAAUGACGUCCCGCUCGAAGGAAAAAGUCGCUGCCGCUUUUCGGAAACUGUUCCGAUCACCGGAGAAGCUCGAUAACGACGGUGCUGGGCCAAGCGGCUCGCCCGCAAGGCGGGGACUCCUGCGUCGACACAGAGACGGCGUUAGCCCUGCAGAGGCGGCUGCAAGCCUGCCCUCGAGUCCCGGCGCUACAUCACUCGUAAAGAAGAAGGGCAGCGCGGCAGCAGGCGAGGUGCGGGAGCGCGCCGCUGCUGUUCGCACGCGAAGACUCAUGAAGGAGCUCAAGGAGAUACAGCGUCUGCAGGAGAACAGGCCUGAUCCCGCCUUCACGGUGGAAUUAGUGAAUGACAAUCUAUUCGAGUGGCACGUGCGCCUGCACCAGAUCGACCCGGAGAGCGAGCUAGCGGGGGACCUGCGCGAACUCCACAUACCUAACAUCCUGCUGCACCUCAUCUUCCCAGAAAACUUCCCCUUCGCGCCGCCCUUUAUGAGGGUCAUCGAACCAAGGAUAGAAAAGGGUUUUGUUAUGGAAGGCGGUGCUAUAUGUAUGGAACUGCUAACACCUCGCGGUUGGGCCUCCGCGUAUACUGUAGAGGCAGUAGUGAUGCAGUUUGCCGCCUCCGUGGUAAAGGGUCAGGGACGAGUGGCGCGCGCGCCGCCCCGUCACUCUCGGGAGUUCUCCCGCCGCCGCGCGGAAGAAGCCUUCCGCUCCCUCGUCAAAACACACGACAAGUACGGCUGGGUCACACCCGCUCUCUCCGAUGGUUGAACCAUCGUCAAACGCCAAUGUAUACACAUUGUUGGCAAAGUCAACUCCCAAAUACUCUAACUCCGAAGGUAGUGUAUGUGUUGUGAAUAUGUGCAUGUGCCAUCCUCAAAUAUAGUUUUAAAGUUUUAAGAAUAGAUUAUAAUGUAAAGCUUUCGGAUUUUGUUAAACGUUUCACAAUAACAAAUAGUAGUCGUUGUAAUCUGACAUUCCUGAUAAAAUCACUUCCCUUAAUACGAAAUAUUUAUGUGUCUGAUGUUUUCAUACUUAUUUGGCUUCUUUGUGAAACAACUAUUAUUGUAUUGUAAAACAAAAUUGACGUGAUUCAGGUUUUAAGAAAUAUUAAAUAUCUGUGAAAAUGUGUGUGUAUGUGCACAUAGAUUUUUGAAAUGUACUUAUAGUUUAGUGGAACGAACAUCGUGGAUGUUGUAUGCAAUAGGUUAUUGUUACAAUUUAUUAAUGUAGUAAGUGAUAUCUACAUUAUUUUAAUAUAUUCUACAUUUAUUUCUUAUCGAAUGUGUACUUUAGCAUAGUGUAUGUAAAUUAGGUCUUGCAUAUUUUAGUAUUAAAGCAACUUUGUGAAAGUAUUCUGUGCCAAACAUGCUCAUUUCUCUAGGCAUUUUUACCAUUCUCUAUGUUUACUUUUAUCGCAAUUUUUUUUAAGUUUUGUUUAUUUUUUUUGCAAGCUUGCUCCUUGAGGUGUA